AUGGUUAAAAUUUUAACAUACAAUGUAAAAGGUCUAAACUCCCCGGGGAAACGCAGGCUACUACUGCAGGAUCUUAAGAAAAGUGAGAUAGAUAUAGCGUGUGUUCAGGAAACGCACUUCAUGAAACCUCGAACCCCUUCAAUUUUCGCCAAACUGUAUCCCACACAGUACCAUGCCCUUUCAGAUAAUAAGUCGAAAGGAGUUUCCAUCCUCAUACACAAAGACAUAGCGUUCCAGGAGCAAGCAAUCUCCAUAGACACCCAGGGAAGGUAUAUCAUUCUUGUGGGCCUAUUCAAUAAUGUUCAAUACACGUUGUCCUCGGUAUAUUUUCCCAACACUGGAGCGGAGAGGUUCCUAAGACGCAUACUUAAUGAAAUAGAUAAACUGAGGCAGGGAGGAUUGGUGAUGUGUGGUGACUUUAACUUCAUAACGUCUCCAGACAUUGACUCAACCGCCACCUUGAAGGGGCCUAGAAGAGCGAGCCUAGUUUCCACGAGCAAGAAACUGUCCAAAAUACUCUUAUUGCAUAAUCUAUAUGAUAGUUGGAGAGUACUUCACCCUAGUGAACGGGAUUACUCAUUUCACUCUAAGGUACACAACACGUAUACUCUCAUUGACACCUUUUAUGUGGAUCAGUCCACACUGGCGCAGACCUCAGGGUGUGUUAUGGGAGACAUAACGUGGUCGGACCACAGCCCAGUGACCCUAGAGUUGUACGACAAAUUUCAGUUUAAAGGUAGAGGGAAUUGGAGACUAAAUGAAUCUUUACUGCAGGAUAAAACCUUUGUAGACCAAGUGGCAGGUGAACUUUCCCAGUACUUCCUAACAAAUUCUGAGGGGGAGACACCCGAUGUCAUGGUAUGGUUGGCACACAAAGCUGUAGUAAGAGGCCUGUUCAUUAGACGCUCCUCAUACCUUAAAAAGAAAAACAAACAAUUGACUAUAAUGGACUGCCAAAAACAAUUGGCAAUUAUCACUGCACAAAAUAAGCAGACACCUUCACACACUCUCGCACAACAAAUCCAAACUCUAACGGACAAACUUACCGAAAUGCACGCAGCCAAAACGUCCUAUUUCUUACUUAAACUGAAAGCGACCCAUUACCACCACAGUGGGAAAUCUAAUAAACAAUUAGCUAAUAGGCUGAGAGAGAAAUUGGCGGCCGCCAAAGUAGCAUACAUACAGGGCCCAGACGGUACUAAACUACAAAACCCAUUAGAUAUUACCCAGGAGUUUGCAAAAUACUACUCCGACCUGUACAACCUGGGAGACAAACCCGAAAUCCCCCCCAUAGAAAACGACAACAUAACGGAGUUUCUGUCCCACCUUCACCUCCCACGAAUUAAUCAAUCCCAAUUGGAUCUAUUACUCCAACCUAUUACACUGCAGGAGGUGCUCCAUACGAUACAACACCUUCCCCCAGGCAAGUCCCCAGGAGCAGACGGCCUCCCCAACCUGUACUAUAAGACGUUUGCAGAGGUACUGGGUCCCAGACUAGUUAAAGUGUUCCAGGCAGCCUCAGAGAAAGGGGAGCUUCCUUCCGAAAUGCUACUCGUGACCAUAGUUACGCUGCCAAAGCCAGGAAAGCCCCCGGAUCAAUGUAAGAAUUUCAGGCCAAUAUCCCUGCUAAAUACGGAUGCUAAGAUUUAUGCAAAAAUCUUGGCCUCCAGAUUGGGCAAAAUACUACCCUCAAUCAUCCAUGACGACCAAACGGGGUUUGUGAUGGGGAGGCAGGGACUCGAUAAUACCCGGAAAUUGUCCCUGCUCAUGGAGCAGAUGCGGAGGUCUGGCCCGGGCGGGUUGCUCUUAGCCUUGGAUGCUGAAAAAGCGUUCGACCGCCUGGGCUGGCCCUUCCUACGGCAGGUUCUCUCAGUGUUUGGGUUCCCACAACAGUUCAUUCAACAGGUAUUCGCUCUAUAUAGCCACCCUAGGGCCCAGGUGCUACAAGCGGGAUUUAAAUCAGAUCCAUUCAAAAUCACGAAUGGCACCCGACAGGGAUGCCCUUUGUCACCUCUGUUGUAUGUAUUGGCCUUGGAGCCGCUACUAGUUGCCAUUAGAUCACACCCAGACAUAAAAGGCAUCACCUGGCAGGACCAGCACAUCAAGAUCAGCGCAUUCGCUGACGAUAUCCUACUAUAUGUCUGCCAACCAGAUAAAUCCCUCCCUCACAUCAUGAAGCUCAUUGACAAAUAUGGGAAACUCUCCUACUAUUCCCUAAACGCAACUAAAACCCAGGCAUUGGGGCUGCGCUUGGACCCACAGGUCCUAGCGCAACUACGCAAAGAUUACCAAUUCGAGUGGAGAAAAAAUGAUAUAAAAUACCUAGGCCUGACGUUCACUAGGAAGUCCUCUGACAUGUUCCCUACCAAUUAUACCAGAGUCUGGACUGAAUGCUUGGCCCUGUUACGGGGUUGGGGCAAACUGUUCCUUACCUGGACGGAGCGCAUUGUCGCAAUUAAAAUGACCGUAUUACCGAAACUACAAUAUGUGUUUAGGAACCUCCCCUUGAAAGUUCCACAAUCCUAUUUUAAAACCAUACAGUCUAUGCUCCUCCAGUUUAUCUGGGGCAAGGGACGGGCAAGGGUCUCCAACAAACUAUUGUCGGCCCCCAUAGGGCGUGGAGGUAUGGCAUUCCCGAAUGUAAAACACUACUACCAGGCUGCGGUCCUAGCGCCCCUAUUGAACCACCUAACUAAAGAUAACCGACCACAAUGGGUGACCCUAGAAAACCUAGCUAUUAAACCUUUCCUAGUCGCCAACCUGCUAUGGCUACCUAACAAGAGCAGACCACCUAUUCCGCUGAUACCGUUACAACUUCACCUAGCACUGCAAACUUGGGACUUACAUAGAACGAAAUUCGAAACGGCCCGCCCCCUCUCAAUGGCGACGCCCAUCGAGGCCAUCACGUACUGCAUCCCCACCUUCCAUGCCACCCCAUGGAAAGAGAAAGGUAUCUCCUUCCUGUCCCAAGCCUAUGACCCAGGUGGACUAAUGAGCUUCGAGCGUCUCAGUAGAACCUACAAUAUCCCACACACCUCACAAUACUCAUACAUCCAACUUAAAUCCUUCCUGCACAAACUCAACAAGGACAACAAAGUAGAAUCAAAUAAAAUGGGAGACCCCUCCACCUGGGAACAAAUAGGUAUCACGGGCAAAAUUCCUCCACUUUAUAAGCCACUCUCCAAUUGCUAUAAACUAAUUCUGCCAUACCAGUCCCUACCGGGCUCCACACAGGCAAGCCAAUGGGAAAUGGACCUUCAAACCUCCAUCACUGAUAAUCAGUGGAAAACUCUCACAUCCUCCGUUAGAAAGCUGGUCAAAUCUGCCUCCCUCAUGGAGCAAUACCAGAAAACAAUAUACAGGUGGUAUAUGGUGCCGCUUCGCCUACAUAAACUGUAUCCUCACUCAUCUCCGAUGUGCUGGAGAUGCAAACAAGAGGCGGGGUCAGUCCUUCACAUAUGGUGGCGUUGCCCACGAUUAAUUAGGUACUGGGGAGAUGUCCAAAAACUAAUUGCUGACACCACAAAAAUCAAAAUACCUUUUGAACCCAGGCCCUUUUUGCUAUUGGACGUCCCUAGGGAAGUACCCAAACAGUCGAGAAAACUAAUAUACCAUAUACUGCUGACCGCACAAAAACUAAUAGCCAGAUCCUGGAAAACAAAUGAGGCCCCCCAUAUCCCAAACCUUAUUCAGGAUAUAGAUAACCAGGCAAUCUAUGAAACCAGUUUUUCCGGGACGCGCUCUGGCUCAGGCAGCCUUGGAGGGGCUUGGGACCAAUGGCGCACCUGGAGAAAGGCUAACCCCAACGCCUAA